GGUGCCGUGCGGGGACAGGCCAGGACCGCGUCUCGCAUCCAUCCUGGUACAGCUCGCUGCCAGGGUUGACCCGUUUCAUAAGACUUCUGAUCUGCAUCACAGGACCCAGGAGUACAGCAACGUAAAGUCUGCUAGUUUCUACACAGCGUCACGAUGCUCUGCGUAGUGUUGGUGCUCAGUUUUUGCGUUGCGGUGGCCCCUUUUACAACAGUGGUGGAUAGGAAACUGUAUGCGUCUCCACUGACGACGGGGCCAACGACGCCGUCACCACAAGCAACGCCGACGACAUCGACAAGGCUGACGACGUACACCGUGCCAACGACCAGGCAAUCGACGACAGCAACCACCACUGGUGACGGCGUGCGGCCGCUGUCAGAGUGCGCUGUCCCCACUUUCUCCAUGUCGCUGCGCAGUGCGAGGAACUCGUCCGGUGUGUGGACGGACGAGGUGGAGUCGGCGGACGCGGUGGAGCAGGGCUCGGAGCGGCAGCCCGGCGGCUACCGGCUGGACGUGGUGCACGCGGCCAGCUACUCGUGCGGCGGCGGCGAGAGCGUCUCGCUCACCCUCACCCUCACAGCUCCUGUGUUACCGCUUCCAAGUGUUGGCAAACUAUGAGAAGAGAUUAAAGAUACAGCAAAAUUUUUACAGUGACAACGGCAUGACUUCGCUUCAAUCACGGCAGAUCCAGCAACAUCUCUAUCGCCUUAGUACAGACACAUCUCACACCAUCAUGGGAAUGCGGCAGUGAGGCAAAUGUUUUUUCACAUUUUCUUCGGCUGCCACAGAAGGUAUCAAGAAACUACGAAAUUUUUACGGCAUCUGAAGGCCUCUGCAAAUGCUUUGCCUACAAACAUUAAAACCAUUUUAUCUACAGAAGAAAUAGAAGUGCAUAAGGCUGUGUGAGACUUUAUAACAGAAGUUCAAAUAAGAAUAUAACGAAACUGACUUCUUUUACAUUAUACUAUAGUAAAUAUAAUUCACAGAUCAUAUAAAUUAGUUUAGUUUAAAUGAAUGUAGCAUAUAAUUAACAUUUUUUUUUGCGUGUGGUGUUUGGGUUUGGGCUGACUGUAUGGAUGAUACCUAAACGACAUCAAAAAGUUAAAAAUAAAACUUUCUAAACAUA